AUGCAACCUGAGAAAGAGAGAAACACGACCGUCAGCGCGGACACUGACCUUCUUGACACCGAGGCACAUGACGGAGAUGAUGCCCCUCAAAGUGGGUACAACGAACUGCUAUUUUUCGACUUUGAGUGUCGCCAAGAAAAUGGAAAUCAUGAACCCAACUUGUGCGUAGUACAAAACGAAGCAGGAGACGAGUGGGUAUUCGAAGGAGAUAAUACGAGGAAUGAAUUUUGUGAAUGGCUUUUUACAAAGGAACAUGCAAACUGUAUCGUGUUGGCUCACAACUUUCAAGGUUACGACGGUUACUUUAUUCAACAGUACUUACACGAGAAUGGCGUAAUUCCCGAAGUCAUUAUGCGUGGUGCCAAGAUCCUAACAUUAAAUGUUCCAAUGUUCAAGAUUAAGUUUGUCGACUCUCUCAGUUUCAUACCGAUGAGACUCGCUGAUUUUCCAAAAACGUUUGGUUUGAACGAACUCGCGAAAGGAUACUUCCCUCAUCUGUUCAACACAGCCGAGAAUCAAAACUACGUUGGGCCCUUACCCCCGAGUCCGUUUUACCAUCCUGGUGGAAUGAGUCCUGAGGAGAAAGAAAAGUUUUUGGAAUGGCAUAAUGGUUUGAAAGAGAACAAUUAUGUGUUCGACUUCCAACAAGAGAUCUUGACUUACUGUCGAUCUGAUGUGGAUAUAUUACGCCGUUGCUGUCUAGAAUUUCGCGAGUUAUUUCGUGGUGUUACAGACAUUGAUCCAUUCGAGAAAUGUCUCACUAUUGCAUCGGCCUGUAAUCUUGUUUUCCGAAAGAACUUCCUAAAAGAAAACACCAUAGCCAUCAUUCCCCCUCACGGUUAUCGACCCAAAGACAAGCAAUCCCUCUUGGCUUUAAAAUGGCUUUCGUAUAAGGCUGAAAAAGAAGACCUCUACAUUCAACAUGCCCGAAAUGCAGGAGAAAAGCGUGUUGGCAACUAUUUACUGGACGGUUAUGAUGAAGAAACCAACACAGUCUACGAGAUCAAUGGGUGCUUCUGGCACGGUAAGUUAACUCAAAUAAACGCCUCCAUCGAAUAAACACCUUGGAUUAAAAUUAUAUUAUUGUUUUUACAGGAUGUUUGAAAUGUUAUGCUCGGGACACGAUAAAUCCAGUCAAUGGCAGGACGAUGCAGGAUCUUCAUCAAGCCACAGUGGAGAAGAUGAGUUACCUGCAGGAUCAAGGUUUCGGGGUGUGUGAAGUCUGGGAAUGUGACAUCAGGAAAGAACUGGAACAAGAUCAAGAUAUGAAGUGUUACUUUGAAAGCUACGAUCUGGUUGAUCCUUUGGAACCUCGUGAUGCCUUCUUUGGUGGACGAACUAACGCCGCAAAACUGUUCCAUGAGUGUAAAGAUGGUGAGAAAAUAAGGUAAGAUGUAAUAAAAUGAUUGGAACGAUUAUGACGUCAGAGCAAAUAUAUUGAAGACGUCAUCUUUCUCUUAGGUAUGUGGAUUUUACGAGCCUUUACCCGUGGUGCAACAAAAUGACGCGGACAGUUGUUGGCCAUCCCCGCAUCAUCACAGAAAAUUUUGAAGAUAUUUCCACUUACUUCGGCUUGAUUAAAUGCACGGUGCUUCCACCUCGAGGUCUUUUCCAUCCAGUCUUACCUUAUCGAACUCAAGGCAAGUUGAUGUUCCCCCUCUGCAAGUUGUGUGCUGAUACGUGUAAUCAGACUCCCUGUACCCAUUCCGACAACGAAAGAGCCAUUCAAGGAACGUGGUGUAGCGUAGAGUUGGAGAAAGCUCUGGAGAAAGGUUACAGAAUUCUACAGCUAAAUGAAGUAUGGCAUUUUUCUGAAUCCUCCGACCAAUUGUUCAAAGAGUAUGUGGACACCUUUCUCAAGAUCAAACAGGAGUCAAGUGGUUACCCUAAGAAUUGUUCCACGGAGGAACAGAGACAACAAUACGUAGAUGAAUACCUUGCAGUUGAAGGAAUUCAGUUGGAUCGAAGCAAAAUCGAGCACAAUCCAGGCAUGCGUGCGUUAUCCAAGCUCAUGCUAAACUCGUUUUGGGGUAUGUAUUUUAAACAGUGCAUGUAUUCUAAAUGUCUUUUAGGUGGCAUCCGAACACGUGCAACGUUACCGCUACAAAUACUCAUAAUGUAUUUUUCUCUAUAGGUAAAUUUGCACAACGUCCGAAUAUGGCUAAAGUCGAAUUGAUCAGUGAAGUGCAAACGUUUCUCGACUAUCUGACGUCCGACGAAAUCAACGUGCUCGACGCAAAUUUCAUAAGCGAUGAAGUGAUUGAGAUCCACUACGAAAACAACGAAAAUUUUAUAGCGCCAAAUUCCAAAACGAAUGUGGUCAUCGCCGCUUUUACAACCGCUUAUGCCCGACUCAAAUUGUACGGAGUGCUGGAUCAACUGAAUGAAAGAGUGUUGUACUAUGAUACGGACUCAGUAAUAUUCGUCAGCAAACCAUGUGAAUCAGAGCCCCCGCUGGGUCCUUACCUCGGCCAACUCACUGAUGAAUUAAAAGAAGGGCACAUUACAACCUUCAUAUCGGGAGGACCUAAAAAUUACUGUUAUCGGACCAGUUCCAACAAAGUAGAAACAAAGAUACGCGGUAUCACGUUGAAUUGCACCGCAAGGCAAAAAGUGAACUUUGACGUCAUUCGCUCAUUGGUGUUCCUCUAUGCAAAAUGUAAUGUCAAGGGACAAGUAACCGUUGAUAUCCCGUUCAGGAUAACACGGGACACAAAGACAAAAAACAUUGAAACAAAAAGAAUGAAAAAGGACUACCGUAUUGUAUAUAACAAACGUGUAAUUAUUGAUGAUUAUAACACAUUACCCUAUGGGUAUUAACUUUGUAAAUAACAUAAACAGUUUGAAAUAAAUAUUUUAACAAGGUCGCUUGAUCUCAAAGUUAAUUUCUGAUGUUCAGUUUGUGAUAGUGAUCCAGAUUCACCCCCGUUUCUUCUUCCAGUGUCGCGACUUGCUUUUCAUUUUUUCUAGCCAAAUCCCACAUCAAAAUUUCCUUAGCGUUCAUAUGAUAGGUAAAGUUGUUCCCCUGAGGGGCCCGAGGUACUGUUACACCCGUUAAUGUUUCCAAUAUGAUUUGCGUCAACAUGAUUGAGUGCAAUGUCGGAUUGUCAAUAAGCGUUGCGGGUAUCAUAUUCUUCUCUAUCAAAAGCUUCAUCAAAUCCAAAGUUGCCAAAUUUCCAUCUUGCGUUAAGAAUUUGUCCGAAAGCCAAUGAGUUACGAUGUCUCUCCAAGCCAUGUUGCUUCUAUCAGAUGCUUGUUUGAUCUGAUCAAAAAUUUUAAAAGGUACUGGGUUUUUAUAGAUUUUGCUCACAUGACAAUUUGCAUAGUGUCGACGCUGUACGUUUUUAUAGGUUACAAUAACUGAAAGGUCUCGUGUUUCAACGCCCGUCUGUGUUCCACGCAAAAAACGGUUUUCCAAUUGUCCGCAUUAUACUUGAUCAAUUCGUGCACUUUCAUUUCGCUCAAACUUCUAGUAAAAGCUUCAAUAACUUUCGUUUCCGAAGCCUUUUCCAAAGCAUAGUCAAAAUACAAACAUAAUUGUUCAUCCCUUUCCAUCGUAAGACAUUGAUGAUGCGUUUGGGACAGAUGCUCUGUCAUGCAUCCGUUACAAUUUUCAACAACGAGCUGGGAGAUGAUAGGAGCUAUUUCUUCAGCCGAAAUUUUCAAAAGUUUCUUUACGACAAGUUUCUGGCGAAGAUGGAGAACUAAUUCCAUAUUAUCAAUGUCGAUAGACUCAGCACGAAACAUGUUUGAUCUUCACUUGACUGUUGACUGUUUCUUUUAAGUGCAAAACGUUUAAAGUCGGACGUACCUAUAAAAAUCUUUUCAUACUAGAGCGUACGUCAUGGGACACACUGCCAGCAAAAAUCCGAAGAUUAACAAAGAUCAUAAUAAACAGAAAAUGUUUAGAAUCGGUAUAAGUGUUGGACGAAAUGAUCUCAAUGUUGAGGGACAUUUACAGGCGGGGUACAGCAGUAAAACCAUUAAGAACUACAAACCAGUUGAAAAUACUUUAACAAGGGACAAACCCCUUGAAAAUACGUUGCCAAAGGAUGAUAGCAUUCAAAACGUUGAAGAAUAAAGCGAAUCCUUCAUUUCAUGUGUGAACAUGGACGAAUACCUAUCUAGCGUCUAUUACGAUCCAAAACGUCCUGGAGGAUUUGGCGGAGUGGAUCGUUUGUAUGAUGACGUCAAAAAGGAAGGAAAGUUUGCGAUAAGUCGUAAGAAAAUUAAUGAAUGGCUGAUGAAACAGGAUGCGUAUACGUUACAUAAACCGAUGCGUCGUCACUUCAGACGAAAUCGCGUCAUCGUAGGCGGUAUCGAUCAGCAAUGGCAAAUGGAUCUGGCAGACAUGCAGUCCAUGCAAAAAUUUAAUGACGGUUACCGUUAUCUGCUCGUGUGCAUCGAUGUCUUUUCCAAAUAUGCAUGGGUAGUCCCGUUGAAAAACAAAACGGGUCCAACACUGGUCGAAGCUUUCAAAGUCAUUUUGGCAUCUGGACGCAAACCUGAAAAGAUCAUGACCGAUCAAGGAACAGAGUUUUUAAACAAACAUUUUCGAGCGUUGAUGAAAGAAGAAGACAUCGAGCUGUACAAUACGUACAACGAAACGAAAGCUUCUAUCGUGGAACGUCUCAUUCGUACUCUGAAGACUAAAAUGUGGCGUUAUUUUACGGCCAAGAAAACCAUGAGAUACGUGGACAUGUUACCCGAUUUGGUCUAUUCCUACAAUCAUAGUGUUCACCGUAGCAUAAAGACAAAACCCGCGGAAGUAACUACUGAAAACGAAAAGAAAGUGUGGCACACUCUGUAUGAUCAUGACGCCGUGAAAAAUGUAAAGUACAAGUUUAAGAUUGGUGAUCAAGUUAGAAUUAGCAAGAUGAAACGAACGUUCGAAAAAGGGUACUUGCCAAAUUUCUCAAAAGAGAUCUUUAUUAUAAGCAAGCAAAUACCUCGCGAUCCUCCAGUGUACAAACUAAAGGAUCUGGACGGUGAAGAACUCAAAGGAACGUUUUACGAACAAGAGCUGCAAAAGGUGAUCAAAGAAGAUGACGUGUACGAAAUUGAGAAAAUCUUGAAGAAACGUGGACGUGGCAAUAACGUACAUUAUCUUGUAAAAUGGUUAGGGUACCCAAAUAAAUUUAAUUCAUGGGUAUCCGCUUCUGAAAUAAAUAAGAUUUAA